CAAGCCAAUUUAUGACUGGCCAACAUGCGCACGUGAUCGCAUACAAAUACCCCAUAUUUGGGCAGAGCACGCCGGAUCAAGAAUAAAAAAAAAGAUACCAAAGCCUUCUCCACCUAUAAAUCCUGGAUUAUUUUUUUAAGGGUAGACAGCUCUGAAUUUUCCAAAAGCGUCUACAAAGAAAAGCAAUGAUCAACACAAACAAGGAAAUGCUCCUUUCCCGCAGCCCUCUGUAGUUUCCAAAAGAAAGUGUCGGUGGUUAAAAUGAGUACCUAUGUUGACAGCUCCAGUCUCAGGCAAACAAGCGAGACAACUUCUCCUAACACUAUGUUUAGUUUCGAUCUUUCUGGGCGCAAGUCCAGCCGUUAUGAGGGUGUUAAUGUGAACGGGAUUUACUCUUGUCCCGUCCCCACGACCUCUGUCGAGCGGGAGGAGAUGAAAACUAGCCUGCGUGGCAGCACGGAUACUCCUCUCCCGUCAGGACCACGGAUAACCAUGGUCUCCAGUAGCUCGUCCGUGGACGCUAGCGGGCUCAGCUAUGGCAGCAGCACUCUGCUGGGACGAGGGCUGGACAGAGAGCCCGACAGGAGCGCCAAAUCCGGCGGCAACAAGAGCCAGGAAAGCGACAAAAACGCGGACAACACGCAGUCAUUGAAACGAAACACAAAUGUGAGCCAGCGUCAGGACAGUGAGCAGCAGCCACAGAUUUAUCCAUGGAUGACAAAACUGCACAUGAGCCACGUGCUGGAGUGCCGCCUGACCUUCGGAUGA